GUUCUAUAAGUCUUCAGUCACACUACCGUGGUGCAAAGCAUAGAAAGAAAGAGAAAGCCCUGAGACGCAAGACUGUCUAUUUAUCUUUUGAACCUCUCAGCCUUUUUGAACCAAGUUGAUCAAGGGUUCCUGAAAAUACACAUCUGCAUGGGGAAGAGUGAUGGUGUCAGUCCUUCAAUUGGGGGAAGUGCUGCAGGCUGAGCUCAUCACUUACUGGACCCUGAAGAAUCCACACAAGAGAAAUAUUUAGAAAAGCACUGGUCAGAGUCCAUUUUCUAAGAGACUGGGCUUCAUUAGCUGCUCUUGUGGUUUGGUGUUGAAAAGAGAGUAUCACUGCGAGAUGUAUCAUUCAAGUGUGUGAACAAUUAUGAGAUGUUUUGCCUCAACAGACAUGAGUACCAUGUGCAGAUCUCUUAGAAAUACUGGCAAUGAAGCUUCUUGACAGAAUUUCUGCAGCAGUUCUGAAAACGUAUAGAUCUCCUCAAAAUCCAGUGGAUUUGAGCAGUCCAAAAUUGUAUUUAUACCUCAGCAAAAACAACAGCUUUGUUUGGCUAUGGGCUAGUGUUUUUAGUGGAAGACAAUUUCUAGAGAACUCUUUGUAUUUCUUGUCAGAAAAGAUCAUUCAAGGUAAUACUUGUUAACUGAAGAGGUUCUUGCUUCAAGACCAUAAAAUCUUGGUUUGGAGGAGUAGUGUAAAGGAUGCAUGGGACAGAGAGAGACUUGAAUAAGAGAACAGAAGGUGUGGCAACAAGACUGUAAAAAGAAUGGUGGAAUACAGGAGCCAGUUUCAAAGACCUACAACUUUAGAAAACAGUACUGCUUAAUGUACUACAAGCUCACCAUUCCAUGGAGAAUUCAGGCUAAGAGUGUAUGUUCAUUAUAAACACUGCAUAACUGGAAAUGUAAUGGGUUAGAAUCUUUCAACUGUGGUGUAUCUUAUGGAAUAUAUCAAUAUAUAUGCAGAACUUCUCGAAACUUUCCCAUGGAUGUAUUACCAAUUACACAUAAAAAUCUCCCUCAAGAGCCAGCAGAUGCAGGAAAUUCAUUGUACUGUCACUGGGAAAGAAGAAUAAAUUCUGAAUUUGCUUGGGCUUUGUUUUUUCAUUUUAAAUAGUUGAUUAAUUUUUUUUUUUACAGUUUGCAGACACAUAUUGUAAGCAUGGAGAAAAAUUAUACUGCAUUUGUGGAGUUAGUGCUGCUGGAUCUGCAGUCUGGUUCUAAUGUUCAUAUCAAAUACCCCAGUGUGAGUGAAAUGUGGCAGCAUGUUCACAGAGCUGGGGUUCAAAGAGCCAGGAACAAAAAUGUAUGGAUGUUGUCAAAGUGAAGGAUGAGUUUUCUUGGAAAUCACUUGGGACAAAACCUGACAGGUGUCUGAAAUGUGAACUGUCUAAAGAAGAAGGUACUUCAGAGGAUGAGGUUUGACAUACUUUAAAUGUUUUAUACCAACAUCUGCAAUUUCUUCCUUGCUGCAGAAUUAAAUAAAAGUUCCUUUGUCAGUAGGAAGAAUACCACCAGUGCUGCUGUCAUUUGUAAAUCAAAAUCAAAGACAAAUGAUUUGGGUUAUGACUGUUUUCAAAUGGGACGUGUCAUGUACAGUAUCUUCUCUGAGCUCAUCAGAAGUAGCUGUUCAUAGUCUGGAAGUGAUGAGCGUGAGUAACCUGACUGUUUAACUUAACUAACUUGCAAAGCCAAGGAGAUUGUACAAUCAGGAAAUGCAUCUGAUUCCAGAUGACUGUGUUUGGAGGACUACCACUUUCUGUAGGAAAGGCAUCUGGAUACCAUUCACUAGGAAUGUUUGUGCAUUACAAAUACGUGUAUAGAUGUAAAAGGUGGAGAAUGAAGAAACAUGUUCGGCACCGUGUCAUUGACUAUUGAAAGGGAUUUUUUUGUUCAUAUAGGUCCUCAAGCUCCACUGCAAACGCCGAUGAAGUAUGAAACUCAGAGACCAGUGAGGAGAGGACUCACAAAGGACAUAACCUGUCUGAAGGACUUUAUGAAUGAUCCCAAAAGAGAAGAACCUCUAGUUGGUUUAGAACAUGUAGUUGAAAUCAGAUUUGAAGGAAGAAAAGAGCCUCAUUAUGAGUGCAAGCUGUGUGGGUUUAAUACAGAGAUGGCACCUAUGAUAGAACAUCUUAGUGGAUAUAAGCACAGAAGAGCAUACAUUUCUAAAGAAUUUCCAGGUAAAAUGAAGAGAGAGACUACAGAUGUAAAAGAAUGCAAAGUCUCAUUUCUCAGACGGAUAGCAGGAGAGCUAGAGAAGACUGAAGGACUAAAAAUGUAUAAGAUUGAAGGUUACAUAAGACCAAGUACCUCACCCCCAUCAAAGAAGAAGGCAAGGUGGGAGGAUGAUUAUAAGCAUGAGAAUGAUCCUGUUCGGAAACAGAAAGCUCUAGAAUUCUUGGAGACUUUUCACAUCACCUCAGAUUCAGAAGCAACACUUGUUGUUCAUAUUACACAGGAACUCACAGAAGCUUUGAAGGCCUUUUGUGAAAAGAAAGCAGCAGUUAAUUAUACUAAUAGUCUGAGGCCGCUGAUGUCAAUAUCUCAGGAUGAAUUUCCAGGAAGGAAAAGCAUCCCAAAACACUAUAAGCCAUAUGGAAAAUCCAAAGGAAAUCCUAACUGGAAUCAAGGUUUUUUGUCUCAGUAUGAAGAGUGUUCUGCAGAUGCUUCUUUGGCUUCUGCUAACUCAUACAGUUACCAAACAGAUGAUGGAUCCUCUUCCUAUGGACUGAGAUCUAAUGACUUUGCAACGAUGUCUGCACUCAGGGACUCUUUUGCUCUUCAGACUGGAAGUCCUGCCAGUGGUCUCAGUGAAUGGCUGAGACAGUUCAGUCGUUCUGCUUCUGGCAAUAAUUCAGCUGGUGGGGCCUCUUCCUAUGAGACAAGUCCAGUGAGUGAGUACUCGGCAGAAUAUAUGUCCAGUGAUGUGCGAGGCAGUAAGCUCCCUGAUAACAGAAUCUCAUAUGGUAGGGAAAGUACAAAUUGGGGGAAUCAACAAGCGUGUACAAAAGCGAGGCGUAUGAGUGAUCAAGGAUUACCCUAUGCCAAUUCUUCUGCCUCUUAUCCUUCAACUGGAAGAUACUCCACAAACUAUCCUUUGCAAAGCUAUUCCUCUUACAAGAAUGAUGAGUCUGUGAAUACUUGUACAUCUUCUGCAGAUUCUGCUGUUUCAGGGAGAGGUGGCUCCAGGUGGAAUGCGGACUCUGGCUGGAGCCAGAGCUCUGGCUGGAGCCAGGAGUCUAGCUGGAGCCAGGAAGCUAGGUGUCGCGGAUUCAGGCAUCAGAAGUCAGACUACAAGAGUGAUUGGAGUUCACAUCAGUACUCGUUUUCUGGCAGUGGUUCGUACAGAGAUUACCAGCAAUUCGGAAGCUCGGAUAAGAUAUUUGAUGAAGAUGCUGUUGGUCUUACUCCCAACAUUUUGAAUAGACUACGAGGAAAGGAUAUAGCUACAGUGACCAGGAUGCUCAAACAGCUGGCUCCAUAUUAUCCAGCACUUCAAAAACUAAAUAUUCAGACAUUAGUCAAUGUGCUAGUAGAAACUAGAGGAAAAAAUUAAGGAGCAACAACAGCUGAACUGGAAACAGAUGAACAGAUUCGAGAAUCUCCAUCUCGGCUUUCAGGAAAGAGACUGAAUUUAAUUUUGUGUUGUACUGGUUCUGGAAGGGGAAAGGGAGGUAGGGUUUAAUUUUUUAACAUGAAAUAUAGCUGGAACACAAACUUGCACAUAACGGAGGUGAACAUACUAUUUUGUUUAGGCUUUUUUAAUGUAUUUGUUAUAUCUUAGUAUAUUACAGAAGAAGAUCUUUUGUUAUUUUUUGAAAAUAUGUUAAUGUUGUUUUGUCAGCAAAAAGCUAGUAACCCUUUUAACACCCUUCCCAAUUCAGAAAAAAAGAAAGGUUUAAUUUUUUGUUAUCUACUUAAGAAAAAUAUUCACUGAAAUUACAAGUCAAUUGAUUGGAGGCUUUAUAAUUAGCAUAUUAUUAGAAAUUGAUACACUACAUUUCUGUUUAGACAAAGAAAGGAGAGUGUCACAGCAAAGGUAUCCGCUGUCUCAGUGUGAUAAGAAAAAUGUAAUCUGUUCCACGGGAUUGGUAUGUAAUGGGGCAUAUUACUUGCUUUCAUUUUUCAGAGUAAAGAGACAUGAAAUACAUGCAGAUUUUUUUUUUUAUCAUGUUGUUCAGAAUGAAAUGGUAACAAAUCAAUUUAAAAACUCAUUUGAUGGACUGAUCCAUACUAAGAUAAAAAUUCUUCAUUCUUCCUACUGGCGAAAGCAGACUAAGAAAUAGUAGAACCUGUAAGGCAAUCAGAUAAAAUAAUAGGGAAAAAUAAAUAAUCACAAUGAUAUACUAA